UUAGACCCAGGUUUGAUGCCGUAAGACGCCAAGAGAUCUGCAAGCGGCAUAUCUUGUUCCUGAAAAAUGAAAACGAAACCGUUUUUGAACAAUCACUUAUUCCUUGAAAAUGGCCAUUGAAAAGUGUAGAAGCCACUCAUCACAUAGACAAGAGAAAACAAAGCCUUCAUUGUUUCUCAACAAAAAUCCCGACUUAAUCCUUUACUCAUUAGCUUAGAUAACCAUGAAGGCUUGAAGAGCAACAAACCUGGCGCGAUUACCUUUCUAUCUACUAAUUCUUUGCGCAAUAUUACAAUCAUCACACGUAAUGGAAGAAUCCCAGGCGGAUCAAAGAGCUCUCACGUCGGCUCCAGCUUCAUCGCCAAUUACUUCUCAGGCUCAAAAAGAAUUGAAAAAUGAUUUAAAAUUGGAGGAGAAAGUUGGGAUUGUUCCUGUGGACUCGUCCUUGGUUGCUACUAGAUUCAAACCCAUCAUCAAAUCCGAAAGCGACAACAGGGAAUACAGGGCUGUUGUGCUGAAGAACAAACUGAAGGUGAUGUUGGUGAGUGACCCGACAACAGACAAGGCUGCGGCUGCCAUUGACGUGCACAUUGGCAGUUUAUCUGACCCGUGGGAACUCCCGGGUCUGGCCCAUUUUUGCGAACACAUGCUCUUCAUGGGAACGGAGAAGUAUCCGUCGGAAAACGAAUACUCAAAGUUCAUUUCAGAGCACGGGGGAUCUACAAAUGCGUUCACGAGCGGGGAACACACCAAUUAUCACUUCGAUAUUGCUCCGGAUCAUUUGUCUCAGGCCUUGGACAUUUUCGCGCAGUUUUUCAUCAGUCCGUUGUUCACUGAGGGUGCAACGAGCAGGGAAGUUCAGGCGAUUGAAUCUGAGCACAGUAAAAAUAUUCCCUCGGACAAUUGGCGUUUCCACAGGCUGGAAAAACAUUUGGCGAAACCCGGCCACGACUACGGGAAAUUCGGCACAGGAAACAUAGAAACUCUGCAAACUGAACCAGCUAAAAAGGGCAUAAACGUGCGAAACGAGCUCCUCAAGUUCCAUCAAAAAUGGUACUCUGCUUCCCUCAUGACUCUGAGUGUCAUCGGAUCCUCGAGUUUGAACGAUUUGGAAGCCGAAGUGUCGUCAUUAUUCAACACUAUUCCCAACAAUGACGCAACAGCUCCAGUCUGGAAUGAACAUCCUUAUGGACCGGAACAGAUUCAAAGAAUGGUUUACAUGGUUCCCAUCAAAGACAUUCGCAUCUUGUCUUUUUCCUUCCCCAUCAAGGAUUCUCAGCCGCAUUACAAAUCUGCGCCGAUAAGAUACAUUGGACACUUGAUCGGACACGAAGGGAAAGGCAGUUUGCUGUCGUUCCUGAAGAGAAAUGGUUGGGUGAAUGCGCUCAACGUUGGGGAAACCAAAGGUGUAACAGGCCACUCUUUCUUCGAUGCGGAAAUGGACUUGACCGAAGUAGGAUUUCAGCACAUCACAGAAAUCAUAGCUGCGUUUUUUCAAUACGUCGAGAUAUUGAAACAAGAUGGAAUUCAGAAAUGGAUUUUCAAGGAACUUCAAGAUCUGGGUGCAAUGGAUUUCCGCUUCAAGGACAAAGAAGCCCCUCAAACCCUUGUCAUCGGGAUUUCAAACCUCUUGCACUAUUAUCCCGCAGAAGAAGUCAUUAGUGCCCCAUUCCUCAUAGAAAAAUUCGACGCGGAUUUGAUUAAAGAAACCCUGGCAGCCAUUAAACCAGAAAACUUAUACGCGGUUAUUCUUGCGAAAGAAAACGAAGGGAAAGCUAAGCUGACAGAGCCAGUUUUCAAAAUCAAAUACGCCGUCGAAAAAAUUUCCCCGGAAACGAUUGAAAGUUGGAGAAACGUCGCGAAAAAUUCCGCGCUGUUCCUUCCGGAACCGAAUCAAUUUAUCCCGGAGAAUUUCACAUUGUUUCCGCUCGGAAAGCCCAAGGAUACCCAAAAUCAUGGUGCUCCUGAACUCAUUGAAAACACCGAAGCGUUCCGGUUUUGGUACAAGCAAGACGACCAGUUCUUCACUCCGAAAGCUGUCAUUCGAUUCGAGAUUCGCAGUCCUUUGGCCUACCAGGACCCAAACCACAUCAACCUCGCCCACAUGUUCGUACUACUCUUCGAAGAUGACCUCACAGAAUACAGCUACCCAGCACACCUAGCAGGACUAAGUUUCGGUCUUCUCAACGUGAAGUACGGCAUGCACGUCAUUGUCCGAGGGUACAAUCACAAACUUCACGUACUUCUAGAAAAGGUUAUGGACAAGCUGAUCUCUUUCAACCCCGACCCGGUGCGGUUCGAAGUUCUGAAAGAAGUUUACAUCCGAUCGCUCAAAAACUUCGAAGCUGACCAGCCUUAUAAUCACGCCAUGCACUAUACAACACUCAUCCUUGCGGCCCGAUCAUGGAGCAAUAAACAACUUCUAGACGAUGCCAAUCGCCAAAAUGCUCUAACAGUAGAGAAGCUCAAAAAAUACGCGGAUCAGCUGAAGGCGAAAUUCUUCGUGGAAGGCCUGAUUCACGGGAACGUAGAUAGAAAAAAUGCACUGGAAUACGUGACGAGUCUCAAAAAGUACUUCUGCGAACGCGGGUACGAGGCCCUGUACUCCCAGCAACUCAUUCUCGACCGACAAAUUUAUCUUCACCCACGCACACACCACGUCUACGAGAUCACGAACAAUGUGCAUAAUUCCUCGUGCGUUGACCUGUACUUGCAAUGCCGAGUGAUGAACACGCAGGAAAACGUUUUGCUGGAGCUGUUUUCUCAAGUAAUUCAGGAUCCGGUCAUGGAUUGUUUGCGCACAAAAGAACAACUGGGCUAUUUGGUCGCGGCUUAUGUCAAAAGGGUCAGCGGGGCUCAAGGGCUCACAAUCUUGGUGCAAUCUCCGCAUCACCCCAGAUAUUUGGACACCAGGAUUGAAACAUUUCUAGAAUACAUAGAAGAACUGCUCGGGGCUAUGAGUCCCGAAGAGUUCGACAGACACAAACGGUCCCUACGGAGCAAUAGACUAGAACGGCCGCCAACGCUGCGAGUGCAAACUGGACGAUAUUGGUCAGAGAUAGCACUAGGUCAGUAUUUCUUCAAUAGGGAUCAAAGGGAAAUGGAUUACCUUGCCACCGUCACAAAGGAACAGCUUUUGGACUUUUACAAAAAGAGACUGGCACCUGACGCACCGAAAAGAAGGAAAAUCGCUACACAUGUUAUUUCAACGCUGGAAAACCCACCGCGAACACCGAUGAUUGAACAACCCCAAGAAACAUGUAGAGCGACAAUGAAGAAAGCUGAUUCUAUCAUGGAUGCAACAGUGAUUUCCGACGUUCUAGACUUCAAAAACCAAUUGCCACUUCUACCUCUCGCGAAGCCUUAUAUGUCAAUGAAAGUAGGAGGAGUUGAUGGUGGUACAACAGCGAACUUCUAGUUAAUGUGACAAUAAAAACGAACCUUUUGCAAUGAUGAAA